AUGGUAGAACUCACGCGAACCUUUCGACCAACACCCAGUGAUGGCCUUCCAACGAGCACCUCGGUUCUUCAAAAGCAGACAGAAGAACUCGUCGUGAAGCAGCUCUCGCACUAUCAACAAGUCCAGCCAAAUCCGAACGCAGGACCACCGAGCGCAUCGCUACCUACUGAACCAGAGCUUUCGAAACCCCUCCUCGAGCGGAAACUGCAUCUCCAGUUUCUCUUGCGAAACAUGCUCCAGGGUUUUCCGCAGCGAUAUGUCUCACAGGAUGCUAGUCAGCCGUGGCUGAUGUUCUGGACACUGCAAGGAUUUAGUGUGCUGGGAGUUGGACUUGAUGAUAAGACAAAAAAACGCGCGAGAGAUACGUUACUAGCUUUACAGCAUCCCGAAGGUGGAUUCUGUGGCGGGCCUGGGCAGGCAGCUCAUUUACUCGCCACGUAUGCCUCUGUCUGUUCUCUUGCAAUAGUUGGGCAACCAGGGAUUGGCGGUGCGUGGGACGAAGUGGACAGGAAGAAAAUGUAUGAUUUCUUCAUGUCUUUGAAACAAACAGAUGGGUCCUUUCUUGUUGCGCACCAUGCGGAGAGUUGGAUUCUUUUCCGUUACGCAUCUCUAACAAACAGUGGAAUCUACUGUCUGCUUGCUGUCGCCACACUCCUCAACAUCAUCACCCCAGAGCUCCUGUCAGGGCUUCCCGAGUUUAUUGUAUCGUGCCAGACGUACGAGGGCGGAUUCGGGAAUGCCUCAUUCCCCGAAUGGGUUUUCCAGAAGGGCGAAGACUCGACCAUCUCAUUUGAUCCUUCUGCCCCACGACCCGUUCUCGGCGAGGCACACGGCGGAUAUACGUUCUGCGCGACGGCCUCAUGGGUACUUCUCCAGCCAUACGUUCGCGCCUACUAUUCGUCUCCCAUCGAGAAUGACCUGUCGUCAAAUGAUGAUGCCCAGAGUCCUGGGCUUCCGUUACCUAGUAUCAACUAUCUGUUACUGCUUCGCUGGCUCGUGCGUAUGCAGGGUACGGAGAUUGAACUAGGUGGGUUCAAAGGACGUACAAACAAAUUGGUAGACGGAUGCUAUAGCUGGUGGGUUGGUGGAUGCUUGGCGCUUGUAGAGGCGUUUAUUGGACUAGGCGACACCGAAAAGCAUGCAGAGGUCGACUAUUCAGGUGAUACGGGAACACGUGCAGAAGAAGAUGCGUGGCACGACAUCGACGAUGGCUUGCUUAAUCGCGAAGCUCUCCAGGAGUAUAUUCUGUAUGCCGGCCAACAUCCCGCUGGCGGGCUACGAGAUAAGCCCCCGAAGCCAGCAGAUGCAUAUCAUACGCUAUAUUGCCUAUCGGGUCUUUCAGCAGCCCAGCAUCAUGUCGCGCCAGAUGAAUCGCGGAAAACUAAGCUGAUCGCAGGAUGGAAGGCCGAAGAUGCACAACAGAAAGCCGGAGUUUGCACGGCGCAAACCUCCACCGAUAAUCAAGCGCGUGCGGCUGCUCUUCGUAGAUAUACAUUCACGGAUGCAUUGUGCUGGCUUGAGGAUGAGGGUGCCGACAAAUAUGUCGGGGGUAGUGGGAACCGCGUAAAUGCGACUCAACCUCUUUUCAAUCUGACGGUCACACAUACAGAGCUUAUGAUGGCCCAUUUUUACGGCCAGACCUUGCCCCCUCGUGUUGCCCAAACGCCGGCGAAGAAGUAG